CUUGGAAUUUGUAUGUACUAGUAGUAACGGGCCAUUUGUAAUAAAUAAAAGUGGUGCAGAAUUGGACCCUGAGAACAAAGCAACCCAGUCACCAAACCGCAACUUUCGGCGCAUUUCUCGGUGGAGCAACGUUGUGAUGGCAGGACGCAUCAGAAAGGAACUGGAAGAGUGUCAGCGAGGCGUUGAAGUGUCCGGAGUGUCGGCGUCGCUUCGCACGGACGGCGUGUAUGACGCGCUCGUGGGGACCAUCCGCGGGCCCGCCGGCACGCCGUACGAAGGCGGCCACUUCGUGCUGGAAAUCAACAUCCCCAAGACAUACCCGUUUGAACCUCCGAAAGUUCGCUUUGACACAAAGAUCUGGCAUCCCAACAUUUCGUCGCAAACGGGGGCGAUUUGCCUGGACAUUCUGAAAGAUGCGUGGUCACCUGCUUUGACGAUCAAGACCACGCUCUUGUCCAUCCAAGCGUUGUUGUCCGCCGCUGAACCCACCGACCCACAGGACGCGGAAGUGGCGCGUAUGUACAUUAACGACAAAGACCGCUUCAACAACACGGCGGCGUUUUGGACGCAAAGCUACGCCACGGAGAAAGGGGACGCCGGCAGCGAUGCGGUUCAGCGCCUUGUGGACAUGGGGUUUCCCAAGGACCAAGUGCGCCAGGCUUUGGCGGAAACCAAGGGCGACGAAAAUGCUGCCGUCGAGCGACUGUUGACGUCGUUGUAACCAAAGAGUUAAUAGUUUCCCAUCAUCAUAUCUUGCUUCCGAUCGAGACGAUGCAUGUAGUUGCUACGCCCAGCAUCUCCCCAUCGCAUCUAUUGCAAUGCUCACGAACAUGCAAACUACUGUACCACAGCCCAGUGCCACGCCUCUGCCGCCAUGUACAUUGGUACGCCAAGUUCCGUCAGGUUCUCGGACGCUGGCUGCAUUUGUGCAUGCAACCUGAUAGAGAAGUAUGCAUGCAUGAGACUUACGUCGCUAGCCUUGUUCCUUCCCGCCACUUCGUCAUGUCCUUCAUCAUUGCUCAUGGCGAUGGCAAAGAUUCGCAAACGAUCUUUUGGCCCAAUUAUU